AUAUAAAUUGGUCCCUUUUUACAUAGUUUCAAUUCAUAGGACGUUGUUUUGUUCUGCCUUCUUCUCUCCCUCGAUUCAAUUCAAUUCUCAUCAUAUUCCUCAGAUUUAGAUAAAGAAGAUGCAGAAGGGUAGAGAAGUUCGAGAUAAUAACAUUUUUGAACCAAGAGGAUUUGGAGAUUUUGGGGGCUUUGGAUUUCAUAGAAGUAUGAUGCCAAGUCUUUUUGGAGACAGGGACCCAUUUGAUGAUCCCUUUUUCACUGAUCCAUUUGAUAGCUUGUUUGGUCCAAGUUCUGCAUCAAGAGCAAUGCAGAAGACAAAUAGAGAAAAAGGAAUAGUUAUAGAAGAAUUAGACUCUGAUGAUGAGGGGGGUGAUAACGGCCCUGAAAUUGGAGACAAAGAUUUUGAUAAGAAAAAAUCUAAAUCGACCAUGGAACCAUCGGUUGAGCAUCCAGAUGAUGAUGUUGAUGAGAGGAAGAACAGUGAUAUAACUUACAAGAAUGACCAUUACAUGGUGGAACCCUUGAAAGCUCGCAAGUUUUCUUUUCAGACCAGCAGAGUAACAUAUGGCGGAAUAGAUGGUGCAUACUAUACAUCUACUAGAACCAGAAGGAUGGGGGCUAAUGGGGAGUUAAUGGAGGAAAACAAAGAAGGUGACACAACAACAGGCCAGGCUACACAUAGAAUCACCAGAGGAAUCCAUGACAAGGGUCAUUCAGUUUUGAGGAAGCUUGACUCAGAUGGUAAGGUUGAUAUCACACAGACACUCCACAAUCUUAAUGAAGAUGAGCUUGCAGGAUUUGAAGAAGCAUGGAAAGGAAAUAAUAUGGCAGAAUUGCCAGGAUAUGAUGUGCAUAUGAAGGAGGAUUCUAGCAGUGGCAAGCAGCAGAACAGAAACCAGGUUUGGCCACUUCAGUAUUUGGAGGCAGCAAGAAUAUCGAGAGGAUUGCCAUCGAACUAUGAUGCAGGAACCAAUUCCGGGGGCAGAACAAAGAAAGUUGUUAGAAUCAAUAUUGAGUGAAUAUUAGGAUUAUGUGGUUGAUUGCUUCCCAUUGUGUUUGUAAAUGCAGAAUUGAGGUGUGCUUUGGUGUCUUGGUUAGGCUUAUGCUGCUCAAUUAAGACUUGAGAGCAUUGUGAUUUCUUUGGCUAUAAAACUUCCAUUGUACUAUAAUAAAUUGUAACCAUUUUAAAUCUUGAGUUUACCUGGUUUUUAAUUUGCACAUAUGUCUUGGUAGCCUUUUGUGUCACCAUGUAAACUAUGCCAUGUAAAAUAAGUCUAAAUACUAGUAUCAGUAGACAUGAAAAUGGUCCUUUCGAAA